CCCCCCAUCUCCAUCAGCCAAUAAUCCCAAGACCCAUUGUCUCGUUCAUCCCGUACUCUGUACGCAAAGUCCAUUCGCACAUAUGUAUAGGAGGGACCUGCAGAACUUGCACUCCACCCGAUAGCGCCGCCUUUCCCAUUCUUCAAGCAAGCUCGAUACCCGUGAAUUGCGGGUACUGGUAUCAACCUAGGGCAGCGCAGCGGAACAGUCCAAGAAUCGAGAAUGGAUCAACGCAAGAAGAAGAGAAAGGUGCUUUUGAUGGGGAAGAGUGGUUCGGGGAAGUCGUCUAUGCGUUCCAUCAUCUUCAGCAACUAUGUCGCGAAGGAUGUACGACGGCUCGGGGCUACCAUUGACGUGGAGCACAGCCAUGUCAAGUUCAUGGGGAAUCUCACGCUGAAUCUCUGGGAUUGUGGAGGGCAAGAUGCAUUCAUGGAGACCUAUCUCGCCUCGCAGCGAGGGAAUAUCUUCUCCGACGUCGCGGUCCUGAUCUAUGUGUUCGACAUUGAAUCGCGGGAGGUCGAACGCGACCUCGACACAUACAAUGCCAUCAUCGGUGCCCUGAAAGAGUACAGUCCCAACGCACACGUUUUCUGCCUAGUACACAAGAUGGACCUCAUCCAGGCCGAGCACCGCCAGCGAAUCUACGAGGAACGCUCGGCGCUGAUCCGGAGCCGCUCGGAACAGUUCGCAAUUGAUACCUUUGGAAGCAGCAUCUGGGACCAGUCACUUUACAAGGCAUGGGCAGGGAUCGUCCACAAGCUCAUCCCGAACCUGACCGUCAUCGAACGGUUCCUCACCGCGUUCGCGAAGAGAAUCGAUGCGGAGGAGGUGAUCCUCUUCGAGCGCUCGACUUUCCUGACCGUGACCUCUGUCUCAUCCGAGAUUGGUGACAUGAAUCCCAUCUAUGAUCGGCACGAGCGUCUCUCAAAUAUCAUGAAGGCUUUCAAGCACUGCGCUGCCCGCAAUACGCACACGACACCAGCCACAGCCGGUUUUCUGGUCAUGCACACCAAGACCCCGCAGUUCAACGUCUUUCUCGGCCGCUUCACCGACAAUACAUAUAUCUUUAUGGUUGUCCCGCCAGGCGAAGCAGCGUACAACUGUGCCGUCCUGAAUACCAUGUUGGCCCGAGAAGGCUUCUCCAAGGCCGCGGCGGCAGGCUACGGGGAUGGGUUCCCACUCCCAGCAUCGGACUCUCCAGAAGCGAGGAUGGCCAAUGGUGUCACUGCUUGAGCUAGCACGCUCAAGCCACAGACAGCCAGAGUAGGUAUGUAGUUUUCUGCUACGGAAAUCGGUGAUCUGGCCAAAUCUGGCUCCGACCUAUGCGCUGCGGUGUGAACAAUACAGCUACACCUGGUAUGCCCAAAAGUACUGGGAUGACGGCGUUCCGGUUGAGAGUGAUGCGUUUUCUUUUCUGUACAAGAUACCCAAAUCGUGGCAUUUCUUUCGUAAGGACAAUUGCCAAUGUUCGUCGAAUUUAAAUCACAUCUAUCGUCGGACAUUAUUUGCAUAUUGGUACAACUUUUCUCUUUAGCCUCCAGAUGGAACCAGUCGAAUGCUCAGCAUACGAUCAUGCGAGCUCCUGCUCAAAUAGGCUUGAGCGUCAUUUGACCCCUGCUGCUUUAGAGGUGGGUAAAAUAAAAUAGUUCGGAGUAUAGUCAUUAUUGAGGGUGCAGGAGCUGUACACUGGGAGACAGGCUCUACCUGCCACUUGACACC